GGCCAGCCGCUCGGACCGCACCGCAGCCAGCCACAGCCUCCCGUCGCAGUCGCUCGCUCGCGUCGUCGCUCCCGACCUGUGCUCCCGCCUCCGCCGAUCCGCGCACGCAGAUCGCAGAAGCCCGGCGGCGCAGGGGCAAAGGGGAGCUAGGGAGGGAGCUCGCGCGGCGGAGGAAGGCGUUCGCCACCGUCUCGAGGAAGAGAUGGGGCUCUCGUUCGGGAAGCUGUUCAGCCGCCUCUUCGCCAAGAAGGAGAUGAGGAUCCUCAUGGUCGGGCUUGAUGCCGCCGGUAAGACCACCAUCCUCUACAAGCUCAAGCUCGGCGAGAUCGUCACCACCAUCCCCACCAUCGGAUUCAACGUUGAAACUGUCGAGUACAAGAACAUUAGCUUCACUGUUUGGGAUGUUGGUGGCCAGGACAAGAUCAGGCCCCUGUGGAGGCACUACUUCCAGAACACGCAGGGUCUCAUUUUUGUUGUGGACAGCAAUGACAGGGAGCGUGUUGUUGAGGCUAGGGAUGAGCUCCACAGGAUGCUGAAUGAGGAUGAGCUGCGUGAUGCUGUGCUGCUUGUUUUUGCAAACAAACAAGAUCUUCCUAACGCUAUGAAUGCUGCUGAAAUUACUGACAAGCUUGGCCUGCAUUCCCUGCGCCAGCGGCACUGGUACAUCCAGAGCACUUGUGCUACAUCUGGUGAAGGGUUGUACGAGGGGCUUGAUUGGCUUUCCAACAACAUCGCCAACAAGGCUUGAAGCUUUUCGGCAGGGCUCCCAGGAAGAGGAAGAUGUCUGAACAACUUAUUGCUGCCUUAUUACAUAUUAUAAGAUUAUACAAUCUACAAUAGAUAGUGUGAGUGUUUGUGAAGAAAAAGAAACUAGCUCUCUUUUGAGGGGCUAGUGCCAGAUUCGGUUAUGUUUUUGUUUUUGGCUCGGUAUUAUUGCCUGUCCAGUUUCACAAAACUGACUCUGUCAAUCAUGUGUACUUAUGUUUGGAGAUGUGUCGUAAAUUAAAUUUACAUGCUUUGCCAUAAAUUUUUGCCGA